GGUAGAAUGAAAGAAAACAAAAAUAAGGGUGUUUGUUUACCAAGUUGGUGGUGGUGGUGGUGGCGGAGCGUGACACUUCCUCGACUCUUUUUGCAAUUUUAAGCUGAUCAAAUUUUGUGUAAAAUUAAACAAGCUGGUGAAUCUGGCAGUUUUUCCAGACCAUAGCAAACAGCCCAGUUGCAGACACUGAAAAGAAGCAAGUUUUCAGAGAGCAUAAAAAGACAAAAGCACAAAACUUGCAGUGGUGAACCAGAAGACAAGGAACAACUCAGCACCAUUAGAGGAACAGCAACAUCGCAGCAACUGGAAACUGGAAACAUCAAAUAAAAGAAAGAACAAAACUAGAUGUGAAUGCAUUUGUAGGAACUUGAGUGUUACUAUUAGCAAGAUAAACCAUUUAAGUAGUAGUGUAAGUGUGGAAGUGAAGCAACAUUGGUGUAAUAAAGACAGCAUUGUGUAGAGGGAGGACCAGGAAGAGGAAAAAAAAGAGAGACAUUCCGAGAGAAAAUGAAACAGUAAUUGAAUGAAACAGACUGGCAGAAAUACAUUGUGAAAACAAAUACACACUCCAUCGCGCCAUCAUGAUUCUAUAGCAGGCCUACAACCGACGCACAGACGGACGGACAAACACUAGAAAAAAAACACUAAAUAAAAAUAAAAUAAAAUAAAAAAACGAGCACUGGUUACACACACACAUUAAAGAAAAACGGCAAAAAAACACAGUAGAGAAUGGAGUGCAGUGACUUUGGCCUACCAAGGAGACAUGGGAACCUGAUUGACCUGAACCCAGUAAAUGGAAACUUGAUCAAUAUAAAACCCAUAAAUGGAAACUUGAUAGAUGUGAACGCCCGCAAUGGGGAGCUAAUGGACGUGAAGGAAAUCGGAGUGGUGGAGAACGGGGUGGUGGUAGGACGCAAAGCUCAUCUCCAGGAGCGUCUUGACCGCCUCGAGGUGCUCUACCGUGACACUCGACAGGAACUGGAGGCAACUCGUGAGACCCUUACGAGGUUCCAGCCUCUGCAGCCGCCGGGCCCCACACAUGCCCUUUGGCCAGGUGGGGCGAUACACAGCUCCUGCACCACGUCAGCCACACCAGGCCUUGAGGACACUAAAAUCUAUGAGGGAGGAGGCAGCAGCAGCGGCGGCGGAGGUUAUGGCGGGAGCAGUGGUGGAACUUUUAAGAUUUUUGUCGGCAACUUGAGUGACCUGACCAGUCCUACUGACCUGCGCGAAGCCUUUGGACACUUCGGGGUGGUGGUGGAGGCUGAUGUGCUGAAGAAUUACGGGUUUGUGCACAUGUUAGGAGAGGAGGAGGGACUGCGCGCCAUCACAGCUCUCAAUGGCAGGAUGUUGAAUGGAAAGCCACUGAUUGUUGCUGUCUCAACCUGUGGCCGGCGGUCUAACGAUCACUCUUCCCACUACAGAGACUCAAAGCCUGAGAGGCACAGACAUGGAGGCAGCAGUAGUGGUGGAAGCAGCAGUGGAUCAGGCUCCAACUUCAAGAUCUUUGUAGGCAAUUUGAGUCACUGUGCCACUAGUGCAGACAUCAGGAACUUGUUUGAGCAGUACGGGACCAUUGCUGAGGCCGAUGUCAUCACUGCUAGGGGUGUGAAGACCUAUGGCUUUGUCCACAUGGUGUCUCGUGUUGAUGGGGAGGCUGCCAUUGCUGCUCUCAACGGCUACGUUCUGCAUGGAAGGCCUAUGGUGGUAGCAGCCUCCACAGGGACACGGAGAUUUGGGCCGCAGAGGAUAAAGAUCUUUGUGGGAAAUGUGAGCGCCCAGACAACAACACAGGAGCUGCGCAACCUCUUCCAGUCCUAUGGCAAUGUGGUGGAGGCCGACAUCCUCAGUAACUACGCUUUUGUGCACAUGGACAACAUAAGUCAGGGCAAGAGGGCCAUCCGUGAGCUGGAUGGAUAUGAACUGCACGGGUCACCCCUCUCGGUCCAAGAGUCCCGCAGUCAGCCCUUCCAACACUCACCCUCUCCCCUGCCCCCUGCUGAACCCCAGUUCAAUAGGGCCCCUGCCAGCCACCCCCAGAACUACUACAGGGAGCCACCCCCACCAGAUCCCUGCCCACCCCCAGCUGCCUUGUAUGAGCCCCAGUACAGCCGCCCUCCAAGCUAUUACAGGGGACGCUACGACCCCUACCUUCCCCUGCCAGCACCUCACCAUGCCAGGGGCUGGGGUGAGGAACACAGGGAGAAUUACUACGAGCGCUACCCAGACCAGCCGCCUCCGAACCUGGACUACGGCUGCCCUCCUCAGCCUCCCUCCCCGCCACGGUACAACAGCCAGCGACCUUUCUAAGCUCUCCCGUCCCCCAUGACACCCACUUUGGUGUGGACCUUUCCUGGCACUUCCGACGGCCCUCCUGCCUCCCUCCCUCCCUCGUGCCACACUCCCGCGGGGCCGAGUGCCGCCCUGCAGCACUGGCGUUCCUGUCCCUGGCACCCACCUGACGUUUGCGAUAAUUACUGCCGCCGCUCCCUCUACUACUGUAGCCGUAACGUUUUUAAUGUCGUUGAGGUUCUCGUUUAUAUCCGUAGCGCCUCCGUUCUUUCGCAUUCUUUAUUUAUACUGAUAGUGCUUUUUUUUCAUCCCUUAGUUUAUUUAUACUGGUAGACUUAUGUUUUAGUUACCCCUGUGUACAGCCUUCGUCCACGGGGUCCAGGACGCAGAGUGUUACUAGCACUGGAACAAAACACUUACCCCACCACUGUUUUCCCUUCAGUAAUCUCCUCCUCAGUAUAGACGCACUAUCACCAGAGGUUGCUGAGGGGAAAGGUACAGCAGUGUGGUAAUAUUUUGUGCCAGACUCUCACUCUUUGUCUUGAACUUCAACAUACAUGGGUUAUUCUUUAUUUCUUAUGAGUAGUUUUUCCUGCCAGUCACUUUAUAUUUCUUUAUUUAGGGAUGGACUGACAGAAGUUAAUAGAUUAUUUUCUGUAGUUAUUUCCUCACUGGUAGUGUUGCUAAUCCUGAAACCAUAUGUUCACUCUUAUAUUAUAAUUGUUUGGGAUCACCACAAAUAAUCAAUAAACUUAGACAUUAUGUGAAUGUUUAUUGGAUUUGAUAUUAUUGUUUAAAUAAUGAAUAUUCUGUUCCGAAGCAGGUUAAUAAUGAAUUGGUAACCGUCUGCUGUCAUUCUGAUGUCUGUCUGUCAAACAAAUUUUUAUCAAGUAUUCAAAAUGGAGGCUAACUAUUAUUUCCUAAUUCCUAGUUGUAUGUUUAGUGAUAAGUGAACAACUGACUGACAAACUCCUCCUAGGCGGAACACUGCAGGCCUGUUUGAUUUGUCAGCCAGCUGUUGGCCACCUCACUACAUAUGGAAAUAAUAUUAAGAAACUACUUAUAUUCACCAAACUAAGUUACUCAUAAUUUUAAUGGAGUCUGAAAAUGAACACUGCAAAUACCUCCUCUACAACACCUGUCCAUAAGGAAGAUUAGUGACUAGUUUGCUGUGAAUCAUGCAAGUGUAAUUAAACCAUGUCAAGACGUCAAAUUAUCUGAAUAAAAUCUUUUGCAAACAGUGCACAAAACAACACACCUUACUAUGUCAUCGUCAACAAGCAGAACCAAUACAACCUCAACCAGAACCUCCUCCUUCUGCUGCAACGAAUACCUAGGCAGACAGAACCCUCCGUGCUAUGACUGUAACUGUAGCCGUAGGACAGCUUUCACACGGCACGUUCAAAAAUAUCAUUAUUCUGCAAAAUAAAGGACUGAGACGGCAGACGAGUGAAAUUUGUAACAUCUAUGAGUAGUUUAUGUGAUAAGGCAGAGUCAGCCAGGCUAGCCGGGCUGUUUGUUACAUAGGAAUAUCUACGUACAUUCAUCCCCCAAAGCAGCAUUGUUAUUCUGUGCACCUGUAUCGCGUUAGCCGAGAGAUUAACCGACCGACGGACCACCCUCAACGAAAUGGUCCAUGUUUACUUAGAUUUAUUUUGAUAGUAGUGAUGAUGGUGCAGAAAAUAAGGAUGCUGAGGAACGUCUAAGAGUGUAGAAUUUCUCACUUCAGAAAGAGAAGUCUUAUUUGUGAGAAAACAAACAUGCACCAUAAUAUGAGAAGUUAAAGAGCUGUGUUUGUUUUCUGUUCUUGGAGUAACACGCAUACGUCUUAUUUCUCUUGACUGUCUUGAGGGAACCUUCUUCUCGUGGCUCUGUGGCUGACAAUGUAUACCAGAGGAACCUUGUAAUACACACACACACACACACACACACACACACACACACACACACACACACACACACACACACACACACACACACACACACACACACACACACCAUCCUUCACCUAAGAGCACAAAAACCCAAGCCAUAAAUGAAUAAUGUAUGAAGAACUCAACUCUACAUGUACUGAACUUUUGUCACACUUCUAUUCUUCUUCCAUACAAGUACAAAAACCAAUGAGAAAUGACAUUACCACUGCAGGGUGUAUAGGUCCUGCAAAUAUUAGUAAUUAUCAUCCUACUAUCAAGAGUUCCUGGGGAUUCGUUCAUUGUGGAAUCUCUACACAUAUGAAGGUACACUCAUGGCCACAAGUUGAGUACUUUGUUGCAUUCAUUUCCACUAGUUUUCUUGAUGUUUCCCUCAAUCUUAAGUCCUUUGAUAUGCUGAUGAUCUGCUAACAAAAUUUGACAAUGGAUUCUUAGCAAAUGAUAGGACUCCGGGUUGAGAAAAGUGACAUACUGUGGAAAUAAGUGUACGUUACUGAACCAAUGAUCAUGACUGCACCUCCUCACUUGUUAAACUUUGGAACCAGCGAAACGAAAAUGUUGUACGACUCGACUCGACCCUCAAUGACGGACCUUCAAAGUCUGCUCCAAAAAGAAAACGUAGAAUGAAACCAACAGAAAAUGAGAAUGAAACUAGAACCAUUUCCUACCCAACAAAAGUAAUCAUAUAUGUGAUUUAGUUUCAUGUAAAUCCAUAACACCAAAAAAGAAGGAAAAAAAAAAGAAGAAAAAAAAGAUUAAAUAAUGUGAUUUCC